AUGUGUAGAUUCAUGGUCUACAAAGGCAAGGAUGAGAUACUCCUUUCAGAGCUCAUUCUAAACCCCUCCCAUUCCAUUCUCACACAGUCCUUCGACUCGCGCCUCCGCCUAGACAGGCGCCGCCCGCACAACGGUGACGGCUUUGGCAUCGGCUACUACACGUCGCCCUCCCUGGGCCUCACGCCCUGCGUCUUCACCUCCACAAUUCCAGCAUGGAACUGCAUAAACCUCUCGCGCAUCGCCUCCAAAACCACAUCCUCGCUCAUCUUCGCCCACGUGCGCGCCACAACUGAAGGCAACCUCAGCGACAGCAACUGCCAUCCGUUCUCCUACAAGUCCCUCAUGUUCAUGCACAAUGGCGGCAUCGGCUGCUGGAAACAGAUCAAACGCCGGCUUGCUAUGAGCCUGGACGAGAAGUGGUUCAAUGUUGUGGGUGGUUCAACAGACAGUGAGUGGGCGUUUGCUACAUUCUUAGAUUGUCUAGAUAAAGCGGGGAUAAGCCCGGAUAAGGAGGUGGAAGCUGGUGUGGGCUUCGGACAUACGGUAUUGAGGAAAGCGAUAUUGAAGACGAUCGAACGGCUCAACGGGUUCAUCAGGGAUGUUGUUGGGGAACAAGGGGGUGGAGUUGGGGAGGAAGAUAGUAGGAGUCUGCUCAACUUUGCUGUUACGGAUGGUGUCAGUGUUGUGUGCUCGCGGUAUGUGAGUAGUAAGACGGACGAGGCGGCGAGCUUGUUCUUUAGCAGUGGAACGAGUUGGAGGGAACUCAAUGGCCAGUCGGUGGGGUCGGAUGCGGGUGCGAGUUCUGUGGAUGAUGAGGAGAGGGAGAGGGACUAUGUUAUGGAACGCAGGGAUAAGGGAAGUGAUAUUGUGCUGGUGGCUAGCGAACCGUUGACGUUUGAACGUGAUAACUGGGUCACGGUUCCAACAAACAGUACGCUCACUAUAUCCAAGCAAACUGUUAUGAUUCAUCCUAUCGUCGAUGAGUUCUAUAGCCCGAAUCCGGCGCAUGAGCGCAGUGCGAACUUUGCGCAGGCGAAAGGGCAGACAGUCACAGGGAGUGAUAAGAGAGUGCUGGGUGGGGUGGGAGAGGUGGCCUAG